ACCAGCGGACGGAGGGCGGGUGACUGUCGCUGGGCGGCGGGCGGCGGCGAUGGCAACGGCGAUGGCAGCAACGGCAGCAGAGCGAGCGGUGCUGGAGGAGGAGUUCCGCUGGCUGCUGCACGACGAGGUGCACGCAGUGCUGCGGCAGCUGCAGGACAUUCUCAAGGAGGCCUCUCUCAGAUUCACUCUGCCAGGCUCAGGCACCGAAGGGCCUGCCAAGCAGGAGAACUACAUCCUAGGCAGCUGUGGCACAGACCAGGUGAAGGGCGUGCUGACUCUGCAAGGGGACGCGCUGAGCCAGGCGGACGUGAACCUGAAGAUGCCCCGGAACAACCAGCUGCUGCACUUCGCCUUCCGGGAGGACAAGCAGUGGAAGCUGCAGCAGAUCCAGGAUGCCAGGAACCACGUGAGCCAGGCCCUUUACCUCCUCACCAACCGAGAUGAGAGUUACCAGUUCAGGACGGGCGCAGAGGUUCUCAAGCUGAUGGACGCCGUGAUGCUGCAGCUGACCAGAGCGCGCAACCGGCUCACCACCCCGGCCACGCUGACUCUGCCUGAGAUCGCCGCCAGCGGCCUCACAAGGAUGUUCGCCCCCGCCCUGCCCUCUGACCUGCUGGUCAACGUCUACAUCAACCUCAACAAGCUCUGCCUCACGGUCUACCAGCUGCACGCCCUUCAGCCCAACUCCACCAAGAACUUCCGCCCCACUGGAGGUGCCGUGCUCCACAGCCCCGGGGCCAUGUUCGAGUGGGGCGCACAGCGUCUGGAGGUGAGCCACGUGCACAAGGUGGAAUGUGUGAUCCCCUGGCUCAACGAUGCCCUGGUUUUCUUCACCGUCUCCCUGCAGCUCUGCCAGCAGCUCAAGGAUAAGAUCUCCGUGUUCUCCAGCUACUGGAGCUACAGGCCUUUCUGAGCAGAGCACCCCAGGACCCUGUCCCCCGGGGAAAUGGCCCCUGCCCAGGGGCUCCUGUCCCCCCACACACACCCCUCAGAGUGCCGGCCAGAGCCGGGCCCUGCGGGCUAUUUAUUUCCCUCUUCGCCCGUCCCGCCUGUCACAUGUGCACAGAUGGUAAUGACCAGGGGGACUGCUGGGAGGGAGGAUGCUGGCUUGCUUUCUGUUUGGGAUGGGAGGGUCAGGAAGGCGGCCAGAGGUGGAACAUGAGGUGGCCCACAUUCCGAGCCCUACAGCAGGAACCUUUAGACUCAGGGUGGGGCCAGGCCCAGGGUUCUCCUUCCUCCCCAUGGAGCUGCCCUGCCUGCCCAGCC